AUGGGUAUGAUGAUAGAAGAUGACGAGGAGAACGUUGACGUCUUGGUACCGCCAAGCAAUUUCUCGACGGUAGAAGACGGCAUUUUCAGAUCUGGCUUCCCUCAUCCCUCCAAUUUCGGUUUCCUUGAAACCCUAAAUCUUCGAUCAAUCAUAUACUUAUGUCCUGAGGCUUAUCCUCAAGAGAACAUGGACUUUCUUGAUGCUCAUGAUAUUAAGCUCUUCCAGUUUGGAAUCGAAGGCAAGACGGAGUCCAUUCCUAAGGAUACCAUCACGGAGGCUCUUAAACUCUUAAUUGAUGUGAGGAAUCAUCCAGUUUUGAUUCAUUGCAAACGUGGAAAGCAUCGGACAGGUUGUCUUGUGGGUUGCUUUAGAAAACUACAAAACUGGUGCUUGUCUUCAGUGUUUGAGGAAUACCAGCGUUUUGCUGGGUUGAAAUGGAGGGCCACUGACUUGAGGUUUAUUGAGACCUACGAAGUGAUUUGCCUGAGGCAGUGUCUUUACAGCAUCAUCUACCAGUACCAAGGAUAUGGUUCAAACAAGAGGAGGUUACUUUACCGGGAAGAGAGUAUACAGAAGCCUAAAAUAAAGUCAAUUUAG